UAGAGGGACAGUAUGUGAAACUGGAGUACUCAGCACUCCAGCUAUACCGAUUCUAAUAAGGAACCAGCAUUCUCGUCUUCUUAAUAUAACUGCAUACCCUGAAACUCACUUGAGAGUUACUGUAUUAUCCAGUAGUAAUAACUUGCAAGUAUCACCCUCUACUCAUAAUCUCACCAAUUCCCAUCCUAAGUCAAAUUUUAAACUUGUUGCAGACAAGGAAGGAGUAUAUACUAUCAGUUAUAGUUUAUCAGGUACAGAUUCUCAAGACUUUAUUGCUCCACUGCCAGUUAGAGUGGUAGUUGUGAAUGGGAUCGCUGAUAUCAUUGGAGCAAGAUAUGAAGAAUCAAUACCUGAUAUGCUAAGCCCAAGUUGCUGUAAUAUGAAUGCUGACUUAUUAUAUGAAUGUCCUGAUUUAAUUGAUACAAUUGUAUUCAAUUCGUCUAAUAUAUGGAAGAGUAACAGUAAUGGAGAUCUUGUGACUGAUGGGGUUGUAUUUGCUUUUACUCAAGGACUAUAUCUACCAGUUUCAAUAGCAGGAACUCAAUUAUCUCCCACUACAUAUAAUACUCUACCUCAAACUGAGUAUUCCUGUCCUCAUUUUGAAGAUACUGCUUAUAGUUCUGAUUGUUUGUUAUAUAAUUUCACAUCAGCCGACUUUUCCAGUUUACUAGCCAGGCAAUUGUUGGGAGCUUCAUAUUUUAACUUUAUUGAUGAAGUACUGCCUUCAUGGUUGACACUAACAACAAGAGCUCAAUCUCUAACAGAGAGCUCUGCCUUUACAUUUGAACAUUACUCUACUUUUAUUGUACCUGGAGAGAAUUUUAAUAGGAUUGAGAGUUGUCAAGACUUAGAUCUUAUUCAGAAUACAAUAUACUCAGUCAUCUCCUUAAAGACCAUGAUUGUUGCUGAAGUUGUACAAAAUUUGUAUCAUUACACACCAAAUGAAAAGGAAACCGUGUGCGUUGCUGUUGACAUGUGUAGUGGUGAAGACCCACCAGUAUACAUUACUCUCCCUCCUAGCAGUGAGGAAUUUAUGAAGAGUAUCAGUCAAAUUCAGAUGCUUGUUAAUGAUGGAUGGGAAAUGACGUUUGAAGAGAGUAUGCUCUCUAGAGGCAAUAUUAGAAUUAAUGACACAGAAAUACCUAGUGGUUAUUGGAAUGGUGUUAAUUUUGUUGAUUCCAUUUCACUCUUACCACAAUUUGAUAUCAGAUUAAAAAUUACUGCUUUGAGAAAGUUCAUGGACUCUGAUGUAUUCUGGACAAUUUUAAAUGUCACUGGCUAUGUUUAUUAUCAACCACAAACCUUACCAAAUGAAGCUGAAGGAAUGAUCAAUGGCUCAAUAUAUCUCUCCCUUAAUAUGAGUUUUAAUGGUGUACCAGGUAAAAUGAUUCUAACAGCGGAAUCCAAUCCAGCUCUAUUUUCAAUCAUGAAAGAUAGCAAUAAUAUAAUGAUGAAGCUUGAUUAUUCAACUGGUGACAACGAUCAGUUUUUUUCAAAGAUUUUUCAUUGUAUGGAUAGGGCCUGCCCACUUGAUGUUUUUAUUCAAUUGACUCAAAGAAGAAAUAUUUCCUUCAUCUCGAUUCAAUCAAGUGAAAUAGCAUUAUUAAUAGGCAGUUACACUUUCCCAAGAAAAGUAUUGAAACACACUAUUUCCAUUGAUUCUCGAUCCUCAGAUGAUCCUCUGUUAUCUAAAGCUCCCCUACAAAUUUCAUCAAACUUAUCAGCAGGUUCUCAGCUUGUCCUUAAUUCUUUCGUAUCUCUCAAACAACCUGCAGUAGGGUUGGCUAUUAGUGUUGUAUACCAAAAGAAUGGCUCUUUUACAUCAAAGCUUGCUAAAGUAUCUUUCUCAAUGUUAAACACUGUCAUCACUACUCCAGUAGAAAUCAGCAGCAAUUCUGGACUUAAAUUUUCAACUUUCAAUGCUGAUGUGUUUUCAAUGUAUAAGGUUCAA